AUGAGCUUGAAAAAAGAGUGGCAAGCGUGGACAAAGUUGAUGGAUUCAAGCAAAGGAGUGUCAGGGAUAGGCUUUGACAGUGACACCGGUAUGUUUCAGGCACCUGAGGAGUGGUGGGACAAGAUGGAAUCGGUAAACAAGAUGCGUUCCAAGUUCAGGAAAAAAUCCUUGAAACAUUGUGAGUUGAUAGAGACGGUCUUCAUGGGGGCAUCAGCUACUAGUAAGCAACACUGGAACCUGGGAGAGAUACUUGCUGAAGCUGCUGACGACUCAUCUGAUUCAGCGCACAGUUUGGGAGCCCAGCCAUUUGCUGAUCUGAUACCCGCAACAGUGCAGGAUGUGGAUUUAGAUUCUUCACUGGAGCAUGUUCCGAUUGAAAAGGGGAAAAGGAGAAAGAUGCCAUCAAGCAGUGUUUCAAAGUCCAAGAAGGCAACAAGUGGAGCAUCAGUUAUUGCGGAAAACAUGAACAAUCUGGCAGAUGUGGUGCGUACGAAGAAUCAGCAGGUCACGGUGAGGCACCUCACUGGCAACGAAUCGAUGUAUACUAUUUCGGAGUACAUGCAUCGCCUAACGAGUAUUCCAUCCUUGCUUUGGUACGUCGUUAUUCCAUUUCGCCUUGACACUUAUGGAUAA